AUGUUUGGUCUCGGCGGAGGUCUGGUGGUACUACAUGGAGCUUACAUGGAAUGUGGUAUCUGGACGGCGUUAGUCGUCAACAUUGCUCUGGCCGCUCUCAUUGGUUAUUGCUCUUGUGUAAGUAUGAUUCACACAUACAUUGAAAUAACUACUUUAGUACCCGCCAAAGUCACAAGUACAGUCAACUUCAGCCCGCUACAAUCUGGGUUUAGGCCAGGCCACAGCACUUCCUCUGCCCUCCUUAAAGUGACUGGCGAUAUUAGGCGGGCUACGGAAGAUGCUAACCUAACAGUGCUGGUUCUAGUCGACUUUUCGAAUGCGUUCAAUACCUGUUCGUAUCAUCUCUAUGCCGACGACUUGCAGCUUUACCGUCACGCCAAGGCCAUUGACUUGACUGAUACUAUUGACAAAAUUAAUGCUGAUUUAGAAGUGGUGAAGACUUGGUCUGAUAGGUUUGGGGUGGUGGUUAACUCUACCAAGUGUCAAGCCAUCAUUAUUGGGGGUUCGAGAGCUAUGAGCAAAGUUGAUGGUCUUGGUUUACCAACGUUAGUGUUUAACGGGGUUAACAUUCCUUACAGCUGCACUGUGAAAAAUCUUGGCCUACACCUUGACUCCACGCUGAAUUGGCAAUCACAGGUUGCAGCUACCCUGGUGUGGUCAGCUCAGAAACUGUACGGUCGAGUCGUGAUGCCUACGCUCACAUACCCUGAUAUAAUGGAAGCGACCGUGCUUCUAUGUCCAUGGAAGCUAUUUCGCAAAACGGCCAGAUGUUUAAGAUAUCUAGUCGAAUUUACAAUUAUGCUCAACCUCUACGGUUCCUGCUGUGUCCUGGUCAUCAUGAUAGCCAGGAAUUUAAAGGAGUUGGUUUCAGGGGAUAAUACAAUCAAUGAUACUGACGACCCGCCACUCAAAGUGUAUAUUCUGAUACUAAUGCUACCAUGUAUAAUCAUCUGCAUGGUCACAGAUUUGAAAAUUUUAGCUCCUUUUGCUUUAAUUUGUGAUAUGUUUGCUGUUGUCCUAAUCGUAAUAACCUUAUGGUAUGCAUUCCACAAUUCCAAAGUAAGUCCACUGGAUCGUGCGCCUUAUAGAAGUGUAAUGGGAUUGUUCGAAUUUAUGAGCGUUUGCACAUUUGUACUAGAACCAGUUAGUUACGCUUUGCCUGUCGAGAAUAAUAUGAAUGAACCGAAGAAAUUUCACAAUGUUGUCAUAAUUGCGAUGUCAAUAAACACAGUGGCUAUGAUAACAGUAGGGUUUGUUGGGUUCUGGCACUAUGGAAACUUUGCUGUGUCGCCUAUCACCGUACAUCUGCCAUUUUCACCUUUCGCAGUAACUCUAAAAGUGGGACUUUGUAUAAUCCUGUACGUUAUAUACUCCAUGUGUUUCUACGUGGCCUUCGAUGUGGAAUGGUUUUACCUCAAGAGGCACCAUCAAAUGUCCAACUAUUGGUUUUGGGAGCGGCUGUAUAGAACUAUCCAUGUGAUCAUCUUGAUAAUGGUCGCUUAUUGUCUUCCUAAUGUUACAAGAUUGAUGGGGAUUGUCGGUGCCUUAUGUACAAGUCCCGCAGUUUUUAUCUACCCUUACUUCAUAGAGCUCAUAUUGGACUGGGAGCACCCAGGGUUAGGCCGCUGCAAAUGGAGACUUCUAAGAUUCCUCGUCAUGCUAACCUUUGGACUGGUCUUAUUCGUUGCUGGCACUUACUAUAACGGUCUAGGAAUGUAUUUAGAACUUCAAAACCCUCCCAAAGCAAAUAUUUCCUUUGAUCCCGAGAACCAAAUGCCCGAGUUGGAAAGAAAAGAAAUUCAUUUUGAAAUUAGUAACGAAUUGUCUGUCGAUCCUAAAAAAAGAUUGAAUAUAACCGAUCAGGGUAAACAUAAUUAUGAUUUGAACGUUUCUUUGCCUUAUGAAGUUCCUUAUAAUUUAUUUGAUCAAAAUCUUAAUACGAAUUAUUCGACAAAAAAGGCAAAUAUUGUCUUUGAGUAUUAUAAUACCACUUUGAUUAAUAAUUUUACAACAAAUUUACGUCGAAAUGAAAAUCUCGCAACAAAAGCAAAUGGAACGCUAAAUAUUACACCUGAUAAUAAAAAUUUAAUUAUUAAUAUUAUUUUACCCGAUAUAAAUAAUUAUACAGUUUUAUUUAACAGUACCACUCCAAUUAUGCCUGUAUUUAAUAAUGCUACAGCCUUAGACAAUAAUGUUACUAAUACUUUAUCUUCACAAUAA